UGAGUACAGGUAAUCGCUCCCACCGUUCGCCGAACAUGCGACGGUGCUGUUCUCUCAUUUAGGUCUUCCAAGAAGCGAGCAGCCGAUGCGGUACUGAACUUACAAGAAAACAUAUUCGGACGCCUAUAGAGGAUUACAGAUCCUUCGCGUAUUGAGAGGUCACCGCGAUGUUUCCGGCGAACAGUACGCGUUUAUCGCCCGCUACAUGGCUUUUCACGUUGGCCAUCUUUAUCUGUGCCUGCGUGUCGACGCCUUGUCUUGGCAGUAGCGAAGAAGCCGGCGUGACUUCUCCGGAGAGUGGGCAACCAAACUACGUGCAGAGGCUGAGGGAGUGGAUCGCCAACGCCAUGGACCGGGCGCCGCCUACGUUCACGCGCAAGCUCCUGGAAGCGAACGUCUCCGUAGAGUGCAGCAUCGGUCUUCUCAAGGUGAUGCGAGGAGUCCGCAACCUGGAACCAUGGGCGCUGCGAUUGAUUGACGCAUCCGCCAAGUACCCGACGGGAGCCUUCCAGAUGUCUCGAGCUGAUCUGGGUGCCUUCGACGAGUGCGUGGAGACUGUGAUUUUUGACGACUACGGCGAGGAGAGGUCGCGUGGCCAGUACUGCAACCUGCUCAUUUACCCAGGCAACAAAUCGGACCUGGACGACCUCAUCUCAUCGGCCAUGCAGUACUCGCAUCCUAGGGUCCCAAAAUUCCGCAACAGCAUUUACGAGCUGAAGCUUCCGCUGCUCCGCAUGGGCGUGUGCACGCUCAACGAUUGCAACGAGGGGGAACUUCAGGAGCUAAUCAGAGCAGUGCUUCCACCUGCAUUAAAAGUAAUCGUGUCGGACUGCGUCACAUCGGUGCCACCAGCACUGACAAAAGUGCAGGUUGCCAUUUUGUCAUUUCUGGGCAUUCUGGCGCUAUUGGUUGUGAUUGGAACACUCCUGGAUAUACGUGGUCCUGCAGGAAAGAAUGUGCACAGAACGAACCAGAACGCUCUUCUGUCUGUUUUGACGUCGUUUUCUAUAGCGUCGAAUACGAACAUGAUGCUUCAUGUCGCCAACGAGAAAGGCUCUGACGCCUACAGGCUGCGAUUUCUACAUGGCAUCCGCUUCUUCAGCAUCGUUUGGGUUGUAGUAGGACACAGCUACGGAGCGCCUUCGGACGUGUGGGCACGCAUGGCGAACUUGAUUAAAUAUGGCGAUGAAUGGCUAAGUAUGAUCUUGGUAGCCGGGUUCAUGAGCGUCGAAAGUUUCUUCUUUAUCAGUGGAUUCCUCCUAGCCACGGUCGUAUGCAAGCAAAAAAGGAGUGGAAUCGUCGUAUUUUUGUUCGCUGUAAUUCGAAGAUUUAUCAGAACCACGGCUCCGGUCUUCUUUCUCAUCAUGUGCCUGUACUUGACUCCGCUCAUGGCGUCCGGACCGAAUGCAAAGGCCUACUUUAAAAGGCUACACGACGACUUUCGGAGCCAGUGGCUGGUUCUGUUGCUGCAAGUGCAAAACUACUUCUUCGACCUCAAUGCUGACACCCGAAUGUUUCCUCACCUUUGGUACUUAUCCGUCGACUUCCAAUUCUUCCUUGUCACCUUGCCGAUACUUCUGCUGCUGAAGAAUCGUCCUAAGGCAGCUGUGUCUAUAUUUGCGCUGCUGUCUCUAGUAGGAUGUUCAGUGUCAGCGUGGCAAGUCGCCGAUAAGAACUUGACACCUUUUGUCGUCGUGAUCACAGAGUCGUUAAUGAAAAUGGUGAAGACUGGCUACUGCUACUACUUCUACCCGUUCUACCAUGCCGUGUGCUAUUUCUCGGGGUGUAUAACAUUUUUCUUGGUUGCGUGGUUCAAGGAAAGAAAGAUACCAAAGAUGUUACAGGUAAUAGCGUGGCUUGUUGCCAUCGCAAGCGGAUUGUGCUGUGUCUUCAUGAAGACAGUUUGGUACCGCACCGAUGACCCCACCACCAAGUUGGGCAACCUAACGACAGCCUUCUUCGACCGCAUCCUGUGGUCCAUUUUCCUCACCUGGAUCACUCUUGCUUGUGCCACGGGAAGAGGAGGCUUCCUAUGCACGUUCCUGUCGUGGAGUGCCUUCACGCCCCUCAGCAGGCUGGCCUUCGGCGUGUACAUAGUCCACUUGCCAUUCGUGCAACUCUCGCUGCACAUAUCCAGGGAGCGGGUGCACUAUUCGCAUUUUUUCAUCGUCUCGUUCUUCUUCAAUGUACUCGUUUGGAGCUACGUGAUCAGCUACUUCAUCUUCAUUUUCUGCGAAGCACCGACGGGCAGGCUAGACAAACUCCUAUUCGAGCCUCGACGUACGGCGAGGGACAAGGAAGGGAAAGACGCAGCUCCCAGUGCCGACGCAGCCGAGGACAAGAUGUCGCAGGUGCUCCCGUCGUUGCGAGAUUCAAAAGUGGAGUUUGUGCACUACAUCAACGGCAAAGACGCUCUCGGUGGCUUGCAUAACGAUAACGGCAAACCCACGAGUUGUCAUCUAUAACACCAAUGCCAAAAUCUGCCUUUUUGUGACAAGUGCUUCAAUGGCCAUAAUGUAUUGAACUUCUUCGAUGGGAGCAUACUAUAUCCAUCGCAGGGCACAGAAGGGACUUUGAACAAUGCGCCCAUAGCGAUGUUGUCUUUCUUUAGUUCCUAUAUUUGAAAGGCAGUGGUGGCAAGACACCUGGAAACGUAGUUGAAACGAUUUCAUUACAGAUUGAGUGCGAAUAAAUUGUGUAUGGAGGUAAAGCUGUCACACAAUCCGUUGUGCUUCUUUCUUUGGACUUUUUUACAAACGGGUCAAAUGCUCAAGGCGGCUAUGAAGUGGCACAUAUGUCAAUUCUUUUAGCUGCUACUACGCUUUGAAUCCUUUGUUUUGUUUUCAUGUGGUCUCAUUCGCGGAAGGGUUCAAUAAAGUGUAAUCACCGCACGGACAAAGGCUGAGUGGGUGUGUGCCCCGUUCGUCAGCUGUGUACGUGUGGUGGUCGCCCUGUACAUG